AUGGCCAAACGGAAGCUCGAGAAGUCUAACGCUGCAAAGCUGAAGACGGAAGCUGAUCUAGAAGUCUCUUCAAAGCCCAACGGUUCUUUGGCUGCAGCUCUUCCUUCCUCUGAUGAGGAAUCUGUCGCUGACGUUGAGUCUGAGGAUGAAUCCAACGAGUCUGAGGAAGACGAAGAAGAAGAGGAGGAGCAAGAGGAACAAAAGAAUAACGGACCUCCUAAGAAGAAACAAAAGUCUCAGGUAACUGCCCAAGACGUCCAGGCGGCUCGUGAGACUGCCGAGCUCUUCAAAUCCAAUAUCUUUAAGCUUCAGAUAGAUGAGCUUGUGAACGAGGUCAAGAUUAAGGAUUCCCAUGUGGCUAAGAUCGAAAAGGCUCUUCACAGACUUCAUCACUGUAUUUCUCAGAUCCCAGCUACCGAACAGCUUACGCUUGAAGAGGCAGAGAAGAAGAUCAACACCAAGAAGUUGGUUAUCCCAUUCCCUGAUCCCAAACCUACCAAGGUCAACUAUAAGUUUGGGUAUUUGCCACCUGAGAAUGUUGCUUUGGUUGGGUCUUUUGGCUUGAAAACAGGUAUUGCUCAGCAGCACGGCCUGGGUAUCGACAUAUCGCUUGUGAUGCCUAAACUGCUCUUCUCGCCUAAGGAUUACUUGAACUACCGUGCUUUGUAUAAGAGAAGUUUCUAUAUGGCCUACUUGGCUGAGCACCUUCUCGCACUUACAAAGAAGGAGCACUUGCCGGUGAAGAUGUCUUACUUCUUCCUUAACGACGAUGUGCUUUGUCCAGUGCUCAAGUUGGAGUCCAUCAAAACCGAUAACGAGGACGAUUUGUCUUUCCACAAGACCAAGUUCACCAUCAACUUGAUUGUGUCUUUCCCAUUCGGCGUCUUUGACACCAAGAAGCUUUUGCCAGAUAAGAACUGUAUUAGAGUGCAGAGCGAUACUGAAGACCUUCCGCCUACGCCAUACUACAACUCAUCUGUGGUUUCCAUGACAACACAAGACUACUACUUGAAGUACUUGUACAGAAACAAGAAGUCUGCCGAUGCCUUUAAGGAUGCUUGCACUUUGGGAAGAUUGUGGCUACAACAAAGAGGAUUUGGCUCUGCUCUUAAUAAAGGUGGGUUUGGCCACUUCGAGUUUGCCAUUUUGCUCUCUGCACUUCUUAACGGUGGAGGUAACAGCGGUAACAAAAUUCUUCUCCAUGGUUUCUCCUCCUACCAGUUGUUCAAGGGUGCCAUCAAGUACUUGGCCACCAUGGACCUCACAACUGGCUAUUUAUCCUUCUCCAGCGACUUGGACCAGUCUACUGCUUCGAAGUAUGUUCCUGAAGCAGGUUUUAAUACCCCUACUAUCUUUGAUAAGAAUGUCAAGCUUAACGUAUUAUGGAAAAUGAGCAAAUCGUCGUACCAGGCUUUGCGUCAACUGGCCAUCAACACUUUUGAGUUGUUGAACGAUGUGGUUUAUGAUAGAUUUGAUGCCAUCUUCUUGCGUAAAGCAGCUUCUGAUAUGUUGAAGUACGAUUUGGUGUUCAAGCUUGCUGUUCCAGAGGAGCUCCACGACGCGUUCGGUGCAUUGGAGAAGAUCACAUUCAUUACCUUCGAUAACUACAUCAAGCACAAACUUUUCAUGAUCUUGAAGAAUGCUUUGGGCGAAAGAGUGACCAGUAUUGAGAUCAUCAACGAUAAGGUCAACGACAUUUUCCCCCUUCUCAAGAGAAAGCCAUCUUCUCAGCAUAGCAACUCAUAUACAAUUGGCAUAGAAUUAAACCCUGACGAGUGUGAUAAGAUCGUCACCAAGGGUCCUAAUGAUACUGACGAGGAGGCCGCUGCUCGUUUCCGCUCCUUCUGGGGUUCCAAGGCAUCGCUUCGAAGAUUCAAGGACGGUACUAUCCAGCACUGUGUCGUCUGGUCGAUUGAAAACAACGAGCCUGUUACCAGCGCCAUUGUUCACUAUGUUCUUGGUUUGCAUCUCCAUCCUACGAUAUCACAGCAUCUUAAAUCUACCAUUAGCCAUUUCAACGCUAAGCUUCCGAUUCCUCUGGCUGCUUCGGCAGCUGGUCAGGGCGUUACAGGUACCACUAAUUUCACGCUUUUGAAGGAGUCGUUUGAGGAAUUGUGCAAGAUCAUGUACAACUUGGAGCUCCCGUUGAGUGUUAAAUCCAUCUUGCCUGCUUCCCCUUCGUUGAGAAACACUUCUAUUUUGCAACCAGUUCCGUUUGCUGUUUCAAACCCUGACUUCUGGAACGAUGUCGUGUUGCAGUUUGAGAGUUCGUCUAGAUGGCCAGACGAAAUCAAGGCAUUGGAAAAGACAAAGACUGCUUUCCUUUUGAAGGUCAGCGAAACCUUGAACAAGGAGUCAACGUACAAGUGUUUCCUCACGAAAGACAAUUCCAUUCCUUACAUGGAAGACAUUACCUUAAUGAACGUUCUUACGCCAGGCGGUUACGGUUUUAGAUUCAGGGUCUUGAGUGAACGUGACGAGAUUCUCUACUUGCGUGCAGUUACUAACGCUGGUAACCAGAAGGCCAUGGUCCAGAACGUGUACCUCAAGUUCAACCAGAAGUAUUUGGGUUCUGUGAAGCAUUCUCGUACUAUCAGCAUAUUAUCCACGCAUUUCCCAUACUACUCGCCUACAGUGCGUUUAUUCAAGCAAUGGCUCGAUGCACAAGUGCUUCUAAGCCAUUUGAACGACGAGCUCGUGGAGUUGAUUGCGUUGAAGCCAUUCGUUGAUCCUGCUCCGUAUACUGUUCCAAACUCUGUUGAAAAGGGAUUUUUGCAAGUUCUUGACUUCAUGUCUAGCUGGAACUGGAAGGACGAUGGACUCAUUUUGGAUCUCGUUAAGCGUGCUGAUGCUGCUGCUGACGAGCUCGAUAACAAGCUUAGUGAUAAACUUACAAUCAGAGCCCACCAGAUGAUUCAAUCCAACUUUGACAAAAUCAGAAAGACCGAUCCUUCCGCUAUGAAGACGCAAUUCUUUGUCGGCACAAGAGACGAUCCUUCUGGUAUUUUGUGGUCCAGCGAUGUCACCUUGCCCAUUGCAAGCAGACUUACAGCUCUUUCCAGAGCAGCCAUGCUGAUGGUCAAACAACAAGGCGUCGACGACCAAACGCUCAAGCUCGUCUUCACGCCCGCAUUGAACGAUUUCGAUUUCCAUAUUCAAUUGCGCAAGUCUGACCUCGGCAAGUCCUCUGGUGUGCUCAAGCUGGGCGGUUACAAGAACUUGAGUGGUAACUACACUUCAUUCCCUGACGAUAUCACUUCCCGUUACGACCUCACGGCCGCUUUCGUGGAAGAACUCAACAAGGCCUUCGGCAACGUGAUCCUCUUCUCCAGAAGAAAGUGCCUGGGUCUCUACGACGGUGAGAACAUUGUCUGUGGAGUGUUCCUCCCCAACACUGGCAACAAGAAGUUCAGAGUCAGUUUGGCCAUGGACGUCAAGCCCUCGGACGAAAAAGACGAAGUCACCCUCAACAAGCAGGACGUUCUCGACCAGAUCAAGCUUCUUGGAGGCGAUCUCGUGAAAAACGUCAAGUCCAAAAAACAGCUAGUGGAUGGCACGGGCUAUGUGAUCAUUGGACUCAUCUACCUACGGGACAUCCUGAUGUUCUUUGCUGCCCUUCGUGCAUUCAUCCAUUACUGUAUAUCCAAUCCGUAUCCCACACCGUCUCCUGCAAUCACUGUGAGUGAUACGACCAAGAAACGCAUGAAAAAGUUCAUUUUAACCAGCAUAAUAUCCAUCAACACGAUAUGUUUCCUUAAACAUCUCCUUUUUGGCGUUUAUACGGAACCUGUAACCGAUGACGGGUACCUAUACGGCGGUAUGACCGUGCAGUUCAUAGGAGAGCAGUUGCCCAAGCUGCGUCUAGCGUUGGUGUGUCUUGACUUGCUUAUAGCGUUUAUUCAGAUUGUUUACCAUAAUCUAAUGUGCUGCACGGACGAUUCGGAGGUUUUGAAAACGACGCCGUUGGAAAUCAACGAGGAAGAUACGUCGUGUCGCCUGGAAAUCGAAGCUGACGGGUAUAACGGUAAUGUUUCGUUGAUAGCGCUUGAUAUUUUCGAUGGCAUGGUUGAAACGUUGCUGUACGUUGAAAUGGGGCAGAACCUGCUGCUCUGGGAAAUGCAUCCAAUGGGUGGACAAGGCGAGGAGACUCAACAAGGGUCUCAGCAAGGGUCUCAGCAAGAACGUCGUCCGCCUGUGCUGCUCUCGCAGCUUCUAGCAUAA